GUGGACAGGGUGUCUACAGUUUUAAUUUACAGUAAAAUAUUCCGCUUAAUCUUGAGUUUGACAGCUUUCUGCUGGAUCUGUCUGAGUCUACAUGCUUUGCUCAGUCCUGCUUCAGUAACCCAUCCCUCGGGCAGACCUUUGAACUAUAGGAAGUUUGUAUCUGUAGGUGUAAAAAAAAAAAAAAAAAAAAAAACCACGAGUCCUUAUAAGGAAAAUGCGUAUCCGGGGCGUGAUCGUCGCGGAGCCCAGCCUUUUGACAGGCGCGGAGGAUUCAUUUGGUCUCCAUAAACACAUGAAACAAUGAUCAGGAUGGAACACGUCUGGAGGAGAAUCGCCUUUGCUAUAAUAGUUAUCUCCGACAGGAUCAUCCAAUCACAGUCCUACAACGUUGGCACCUCGGGAGCGACGAUUUUCAGCGGCCCAGCUUCAGAAGAGUUCGGCUACACAGUUCAACAAGCAACAAACGCUCAGGGCAAAUGGCUCCUGGUUGGUGCUCCUUGGAGCGGAAACAGGAAGGGGGACGUUUACAAGUGUCCAGUCUUAGGUUCCAGUAACACUUGUAAUAAGCUCAACCUUCAAGGUAAAGUCCAGCGUUUCGUUCAACCUCUAUCCUCUCUACUGAACUCUAGCCCUGAAUUUUAAAUGGUACUCUUAAAACACCCAUAACCUUUCGUUGGAUGUUUCCUUUUAAAGAAA